UUUACCUCGUGUGACCGUCCAGACUCCAGACCUAGAUCCGAGCCACCACUCGCGGCAGUCUCUGAGGCGGUAGAAUCUGUUCUCGUUGCGCGAAGACAGCAGCAGCGUGCGUGCAGCUAAAAUUCCUGAGCUCUGCGCGCGUCGAGCUCGUUACCGCUAGUCGAUCUGUCGUCUCAUUCGCUCGGCUCAUGGUGGCGGCGGCUCUGCGGCGAUAGCCAUGCCGUACAUCCGACGAGGCGAGGUGGUGGACCACCUCUCCCCGUGGCAGCUCGCCUACUAUGUCGAGUUCUUCCGCCACCUCUUCCGCCUCAUCAAGAUGUUCUUCUACACCCUCUUCUCGCCUGACGCAGCAGGAGUGAAGAAGACCAAGGGCAGGGGCGGGGGAGGCCAGGGGGCAUGGGGGGGUAGCUCUGGGGGCGGAGGGGGCGGAGGGGGAGGCGGAGGGGGAGGGGGAGGAGGCGGUGCUAGGAGGGGAGUUGGAGGGAUGGGCAACGUCCGGGGCAUUGAUCACUGUGCCUCUGCUGCAGGUGCCUGAGGUCGGUAAGGCACUCCGCCUGCUGCUGCUGACACCGGCCUCUUCUCUCUUGCUCUCCUUACUGCAACCCAGCCCCCUCGCCAAGGCCCCUCAAAGCAACACUUGGGGGCCUUGGAGGGGGGAGGGCUGCAAGGGCGGAGUGAGAUGAGAUAGGAGGGAGGUGUCAGAGUAGCCACACGCUCGUCUCAUGUGCUGCUGCUGCUGUGCAUGCAUGCAUGUUCGUAGAUGCAUGUGCUGCAUGCGCACUGGCAGCACGUGGGCACGAGUGUGUGAGUGUGGAGUGCCGCGAUCUCGCUACCGGCAGCGGGUGUCUGCUGCUGGUGCUGACAGCUGGAAAGCAGAGUCAAGCGGACCUGCAGUCAUGCCUGCACUCACGGCAUCAUGCAGAGCACUUGUGCAAUGAUGCUGUGAUGUGUUGGUGCCUGCAGCCGUCGGGCCAUUUGCAGUGUUUAUGACGCGGCCAUGGGAAAGCCUUCAACAGGCACCACGGCUGCUGAACCACCACUGCAAGUGGACUGCUGCCACCAGACUGAGGAGUGGAGGGAGAGAGGAGAGUGCAUUCUGUGGGGCAGAGAGGGUGCUGCGGAUGGUGUAUUCUCAGCUGUACAGAAGAAUACAGAAGAGAAGAGAAUGGCGUGGGUGAUCUCACGUGAUUGGCCAGCCAGCCGUCACUUUUGGCAGGCUUCUCCGUGCGGUACGGCUGCGAACAAGGCUUGGAUGGGCGCAGCAGGAGGUACCGAAAGAGCAGAUACGUGUGAAUUGUGAUUCAUAUUGGACUUGGUCAGUGCCAGAGAGAAUUCUUGCCCCAAGGUUGGUUUGGUAAAUUUCCAAAUGCCUCAAGUACUUAUUAAAGCGAGCGGACAGACCAAACUCAAGACUCAAAGGCAGGCCUCUGGAUAGGAUUCGAAGUACUUUUUCUUGUAAGGGUACUCGCUUGCUGCCACUUUUUCUGUAAGGGUAUUUUUUUUAGCUACUUUGUAAUAUAAGGGUCCUAAAUAU